AGCUCCAUGGAUGGUUCUCUCGCUGGCCAAAGAAAUUUUGUUUGACUUCAAUGGCACCUCGUGCCCUAAGAGAUGGACAGCUCAAUUAACGAAUAUCGGUUAAGUCUAUAAUCUGAGCGACAACCACUUGCGGAUGCUCUUUAUAUGUAAAAUGAAGGGAAAUGCCCAAUCUUGGCUACAUGCCGAACUUUCUCGCAUUCGUGAGCCGGUAGCAGCUCUGUGCGUUCAGCUGCUUGCAGCCUUCGGUGAAAAGACGUCUAAAUCUGAGAUGCGCCGUCAGUUCAAGAAACGCAAAUGGCAACCAAGCGAAAGAUUUGCCAUAUACAUGGAGGAUAAGCUAAUGCUGGCUAAUCAAGUCAACAUCGACGACGAGGAGCUUUUGGAUCAGGUCAUCGAAGGCAUCCCGGGCAAAGGUCUGCGCACACAAGCGCGCAUCCAAUGCUUCACUAGUCCUAGGCAAAUGUUAAAGGCAUUUGCUGGGGUGCACCUUGAUGUCGCUGAGCAAACUACAAAGGACAUAAACACCGGCACCAGACGUCAUGAGUUACGUUGCCGCAACUGUAACAUUAAAGGACAUUUGUGGAAGGAUUGCAACAAGACGAUUCGAGCCCGUGGCUCAUGUUACGUUUGCGGUUCAAUGGAACACUGGGCAGCUAAAUGCCCGGCCAAGAUGCGCUAUUCGACUAAAGACAACUUCCCAGAGCCUGGCGAAACAGCUAAGAAGACCGAAUCAGCCAGGAGCAGCGGCCCAAAUGAAGACGACUACCCAAGCAAAAGCCGCCUCCAUACAACCCAGCACAACAACAAUUAUCGUGCCUCGUAGACUCGGGGAGUCCAAUCUCUAUAAUUAAGAAGAAGUUCCCACCCGUCGAAGUGGAAAUAUCUUCAGUCGAUACACCCUAUCACGGCCUUAAUGAAAGCCAACUAAUUAUUUUUGGAAAAACAUUAUGUUACAUUAUGAAAAAUUCAAAUAAAAUUUACUUUCACUUAUUGUUAGUUAUUGUCUCCGACGAGUCUAUGAGCUGCGACGCUAUUUUUGGAAGGGAUUUUUU